AACCGCCCCCCUGCAGCUGAAGACGUCCCCUCCCACAGUGACAGAGCCUCGAGUCGGUGGUCCGGACAGUUUCUGCUCUUUCGGUCCCAGCAGGUAAAUUAGCACAAUGGAUUUCUCCAAACUACCCAAAAUACUUGAUGAAGAGAAAGAAAGCACAUUUGGUUAUGUUCAUGGGGUCUCAGGACCUGUUGUUACAGCCUGUGACAUGGCAGGUGCAGCCAUGUAUGAGCUGGUGAGAGUGGGCCACAGCGAGCUGGUUGGAGAGAUUAUCAGACUGGAAGGUGAUAUGGCUACUAUUCAAGUAUAUGAAGAAACAUCUGGUGUAUCUGUUGGAGACCCUGUACUCCGUACUGGUAAACCCCUCUCCGUAGAGCUUGGUCCUGGCAUAAUGGGAGCCAUUUUUGAUGGUAUUCAAAGGCCUUUGUCAGAUAUCAGCAAUCAGACCCAAAGUAUCUACAUCCCAAGAGGAGUAAAUGUGUCUGCCCUUAGCAGAGAUAUCAAGUGGGAUUUUACACCAUGCAAAAACUUACGGGUUGGCAGUCAUAUCACUGGUGGAGAUAUUUAUGGAAUUGUCAAUGAGAACUCACUCAUCAAACACAAAAUCAUGUUACCUCCACGAAACCGAGGGACUGUAACUUACAUUGCUCCACCUGGGAAUUAUGAUGCCUCUGAUGUAGUCUUGGAGCUUGAAUUUGAAGGUGUAAAGGAGAAGUUCAAUAUGGUCCAAGUAUGGCCCGUCCGUCAGGUCCGGCCUGUCACAGAGAAGCUGCCAGCCAAUCACCCUUUGCUGACCGGCCAACGAGUCUUGGAUGCUCUUUUUCCGUGUGUACAGGGAGGGACGACUGCUAUCCCUGGGGCUUUUGGCUGUGGAAAGACAGUAAUAUCACAGUCUCUGUCCAAGUAUUCUAACAGUGAUGUGAUCAUCUACGUAGGGUGCGGUGAAAGAGGAAAUGAGAUGUCUGAAGUUCUCCGAGACUUCCCAGAGCUCACUAUGGAAGUUGAUGGUAAGGUGGAGUCAAUUAUGAAGAGGACAGCUUUGGUGGCCAAUACCUCCAAUAUGCCUGUUGCUGCUCGAGAAGCCUCUAUUUAUACUGGAAUUACACUGUCAGAAUAUUUCCGUGACAUGGGUUACCAUGUCAGUAUGAUGGCUGACUCUACCUCUAGGUGGGCUGAGGCCCUUAGGGAAAUUUCUGGUCGCUUAGCUGAAAUGCCUGCAGACAGUGGAUAUCCUGCAUACCUUGGUGCCCGUCUGGCCUCUUUCUAUGAGCGAGCAGGCAGAGUGAAAUGUCUUGGAAAUCCUGAAAGAGAAGGCAGUGUCAGCAUUGUAGGAGCAGUUUCUCCACCUGGUGGUGAUUUUUCUGAUCCAGUUACAUCUGCUACUCUUGGUAUUGUUCAGGUGUUUUGGGGCUUAGAUAAGAAACUGGCUCAACGUAAGCAUUUCCCCUCAGUCAACUGGCUCAUCAGCUACAGCAAAUAUAUGCGGGCCUUAGAUGAGUACUACGACAAACACUUCACAGAGUUUGUUCCUCUGAGGACCAAAGCUAAGGAAAUUCUUCAGGAAGAAGAAGACUUGGCAGAAAUUGUACAGCUUGUGGGAAAGGCUUCAUUAGCAGAAACAGAUAAAAUCACUCUGGAAGUAGCAAAACUUAUCAAAGAUGACUUCCUGCAGCAAAAUGGAUAUACUCCUUAUGACAGGUUCUGCCCAUUCUACAAGACAGUGGGGAUGCUGUCCAAUAUGAUUGCCUUUUAUGAUAUGGCUCGUAGAGCUGUUGAGACCACUGCCCAGAGUGACAAUAAAAUCACAUGGUCCAUUAUCCGUGAACACAUGGGGGAGAUCCUCUAUAAACUCUCCUCCAUGAAAUUCAAGGAUCCAGUGAAAGAUGGUGAGGCAAAGAUCAAAGCUGACUAUGCACAACUUCUUGAAGAUAUGCAGAAUGCAUUCCGUAGCCUUGAAGAUUAGAACUGUGAUUUCUUUCCUCCUUCAGCAAGCUCAUAUGUGUAUAUUUUCCUCAAUUUUCAUCUCAGAUGCUUUGCUUCUUUAUUGUGCAGCUUUGAGACUAGUGCUAUGUGUAUUAUUUGUUUUGCUGUUUAUUUGGUAGGUCUUAUAUAAAACAAACAUUCCUUUGUUGUAGUGUUUGAUGAGCCUCCCUGAUCCUUUUUCCUGAAAUGGUGAAUGUAGUAAAUACGAUAAACAAUGGUUAUACUACUAUAAAUGUGUAGGGAGGAUGACAACCCUCCUUGUCCUAGGUUUUCUCUUUCUUCGUCUCCAUUAAAUUGUGAACAGGACUACUGCAUGUACAACUCUUUGCAAUGAAUUUAGAAUGGAAGGCCUGAUUUCUAAACCUUUAUCAGGUACUUUGUGUAACAACUCAAUAUCUGUGUGAUAAGGCCUUGUGCAGCUUAGCAUUUUGCUAAGUAAGUCUUUCAGAAAAGACUU